GAUACUAGUCAGUAUCGUUCUAGGGGUGUUCAGCCAUGGAGCGCCAACAGAACUUCUACAGAAAUGGACCUCUCUGUGGACAAGGAGGAUCUGUAUUUGGAAACUACAAAGUGAACAUUGUGUGUCUCGGACUGCUGAAUGCCGUGUUAUUCAUAUCUGCCGUUGUUCUUGGUGUUAAAUGUGCUCAAGUCAAACAAGCCUCUCUAGAGGUUUCCCACUCACCUGCAUCUGAGGUCAUCAGUGAGGUCGCUUUUCUUCGCAGCAACCACAGCGAUGUGAUCGAAGCUGAAAAGCAAGCCAUGAGAGCAUUGGCAAAUGCAAUAAAAAAUCACACGCAACUAAAGGAGCAAAUUGAGCAGCAAAAGAUCAUCAAUGAUGGAUAUCAGAAGCAGGUGGAAGCUCUGCAAGUGGAGAAGACACACCUGCAGGCCAACAUAUCGGCUUUAGGUUCAACUUGUGGCAGAUGUCCUCUUGGAUGGCUUAUUUUCAACUCGAGCUGCUAUUUCUUUUCUUACACUGAGUCCACUACUGUGAAGAAGAACUGGCAUAAAAGCAGAGAGGACUGCAUCAAACGUGGUGCUGAUCUUGUUGUGAUUGACAACCAGCAGGAGCAGGAAUUUAUCAGUCAUACUAUUAAUGACAUGAGAAGUGGUCGUGAUGUCUGGGCAAGUGGGUUCUGGAUAGGCCUCACAGAUAAGGAGACAGAGGGGACUUGGGUUUGGCUUAAUAAUGUCACGGAGGUCGAACCAAGGUAUUGGAUGGAUGGGGAACCAAAUGACUGGAACACAGGAGAGGACUGUGGCGUUGCAAUUUACAGCGAUGAGAAUCCUUGGAAGACACGUUAUGACGGUGACUGUCGUCAGAGUCAGUUACAGUGGAUAUGUGAAAUCAACCAAAGCUGAAAACAUGUGAAGCAGUUCCUUACACUCCCAAAAAUAAAGGAUUUCAGUUCCAAAAAUGUGUACUUUUUACUGGCUUUACUUUUGAAAUGUUCUUAUUAAGAUUUUAAGGUGUUUUGAAAGUUUUGACACCAGUAUUUUAACCAAUAUUGGAUCUUGUGUACGCAAGUACCUUGCAGAUUUCAGCAUUACAACCUCAAAAAGCCAUUUGGAGCAAGAGAAAGUCACAUAAUUGUGAUUGUGUUUUUUCAGAUUUAAAAAACAAUAUAUGAGAGCUGUCAUGGUCAUCAGUACUUUGAAUUUGUAUUAUGGUUAUUUUGUGUGUGAUUUUGGUUUUGUCACUGUUGGCUGUAGCUAUCCAGUUCAUUCCACAGGUUUAAAACUUUUAGUUCUUGUGUCCUGUAAAUUCCAUAUUUCUAUACGUAUUUUGAUUCUGAAUCAAGCUGUGUGUUUUAGGUUCUUUUGUUCCUUAAUAAAACUUCACUUCCUGUUAUUUUUAAAAUUAUGCCUUUACUUGAGAUUUGUUCUAUUUGCUUACUGUUUGUCUUGUUUCGGAGUAUCUUUAUUAACUUCGAAUUGGUAUUUUGCUAUCUUGUAAGCUUGGACUGCAUUCUGUUUUGGACACAGCAGAGAACAUGAAAUUUGCAAGUGAGUUGUUGACAUACAAUUAAUCUAUUAACACUUGCUCUCGUGAAGCACCGCCUAUUUCCCCAAAGAUCAUCUUUGGAGCUGCAGCCCUUCACCGAGUUUCUGCCCUCCAGAGGACCCCAACCCCACAUCUUCCCCACUCAGUUCCUCCAGACUAUUAGCAACAGCAAUUAACAAACACCUGCUGACCUCAUAAUUGGAACUACUUCUUAGUACAAAGAUCAUAAGAAUUGUUGUAAAUGGCAUAAGGGAGGGGCAUUGUUGUGACGACGUGCAGAAGGCAGUGUCGGACAGAGUAGGAACUUUUAAAAGAGAGACAGGCUAAUUUCAAGGUGUCAUAUUUCUGUAAAGUUAUGUUUGAUUUGUACAGCAUUAAAAUGGAACAAUAUGCCAGUAGAAUACAUAAUACCGUCCCUUUAAAGAUGUUUUUAUUGCUCUGAUCUAAUAUUCUAAACUUAAAUGUUAUUUUCACGAGCUGUAAAUGGAAAAUCACCACAAUUAGCAGAAAUAAAGAAAA